AUGGCUACUCUAACCACCCCAAUCCCCCACAGCUGGAAGCCGAUCAUCGUCAUGAUAUCGCCCAACGGCCUGGGCUACUGGCGCAGAUAUCGAGCCGUACUCUGCAGGAUCCAACGCGACGCUCGACUCAUGUACGUCCCCGACGUGACAACCCUCAACAUCAUCAUCGAAGACUACGGCGACGACAUAGCCGGGUUCGUGGUCACAGACACCGACGUCAUGGAGCCUGAGCACGAGACCCUCUCCAACAGACUCGCGCGUCUCCUCGAAGUCGCCGACAAAGAGUGGUCGGUGGUGUUUGCCUUUGAUUUCCCUUCCCAGGCGGUACUGUACCCGCUUCAGUUUACCCGAUACAUGCAGCACCAUUUCGGGCUUGACUGGAAGAUGGCGGGGAAGUCGCGCUCGACGAUUAAGCUUGGGUUCCGCGAGAAUGCGCUUCGCAAGAUGGGGCCUCGUGUGUAUCGGACGGUGUAUGAGGUGCGCGGGGUGUUUUUGAAGAGCGUCAAGAAGUCGGAUAAGGUGCUUAUUGCGACGGGGGAGUUUGGUCCUGGGGGUGAUCCUGAGGAUGAUUGGAUCACCAACUACUUACGUCCUGAGUAUGAGACCGAUACGACUGCCAACGAUGAUGAGAGAGUUAUCGACUACGAGAGCGACGAUGAAGACGACCUCGACGAAGAGGACGACGAAGACCAAGACCAAAACGAAGAAUUUGACGCCGACGUCGAAGACAACCACAUCGACGAAACAGAACUCCAGUACCCCGAGGACGAAAAGGAAUACUACCAAAGCAACACCAGCCGCGUUAGAGCCAGCACCAACCGCGAUAACGAAAUCCCCAACGCCACCCACCACCACCACCACCACGGACACCAGCACCAGCACCAGCACCGCCCACGCAACAACGAAUCCGCAGCGCCUACUACCAACACCACCACCAACGACGAAGACUGGGUCCCCUCCGACGACGAAGGCACCGAAGAAGACAAGCAGACAACCGACUGCCCCGUCGCGAUCCACGAGUUCAAGAACUGGCUCGAAAAGGAUGGCCGUGGUCGCUUGGUCAAGGGGUAUUUGGGGUUCGUGGGACAUGUCGAGGAUAACCGGUCCAUGACUUCGUUGAUUUUGGGCAUGUGCUCUGUUAGACCUUGCUGGGGAUGA